AUGGGCACAGAUGAGAGGGAAGAAGUGAUGGAAAUAGAGAGGGAUGAUGAGGUGGAAAAUGGGAAGGAGAUUCCUGGAUGGAAAGAGCAGAUAACUAUGAGAGGCAUUGUUGCUAGCUUACUGAUUGGGAUUAUUUACAGCAUCAUAGUAAUGAAGCUGAAUCUCACAACUGGGCUUGUCCCAAACCUCAAUGUCUCGGCGGCUCUUGUUGCUUUUGUGUUGAUAAGGACAUGGACUGAGCUUCUUCAAAGGGCCAAAUUCGUCACAGCCCCGUUCACCAGACAAGAGAAUACGGUCAUUCAGACAUGUGCUGUUGCUUGCUAUAGCAUAGCUGUGGGAGGUGGGUUUGGGUCUUAUCUGUUGGGAUUGAACAAGAAGACAUAUGAGUUGGCAGGGGUUGAUACAGAGGGGAAUUCGCCCGGGAGUUAUAAAGAACCGGGGCUCGACUGGAUGAUCGGCUUUCUCUUUGUUGUUAGCUUUGUGGGGUUAUUGGCUUUGGUUCCUCUCCGAAAGAUUAUGAUUAUUGAUUACAAAUUACCGUAUCCGAGUGGAACUGCAACUGCUCUUCUUAUCAAUGGAUUUCAUACCAGUAAAGGAGACAGGACAGCCAAGAAGCAGGUCAAUGGGUUUAUCAAGUUCUUCUCACUCAGUUUCAUAUGGAGUUUCUUUCAGUGGUUUUAUUCCGGCGGUGAACAAAAUAUUGAACUAUGCAGAUUUUACUUUGAUUUCAGUAUGACGUACAUAGGAGCAGGGAUGAUUUGCUCACAUCUCGUUAACUUAUCAUUGCUUUUUGGAGCUGUUCUUUCGUGGGGUUUAAUGUGGCCAUUAAUAAGUGAGCGAAAGGGAGACUGGUUUGCCCAGAAUAUCAAAGAAAGCAGUAUGAAGAGUUUAAAUGGUUACAAGGUCUUCAUUUCGAUCGCUCUAAUUCUAGGCGAUGGUCUCUACAAUUUUCUGAGAACCCUGUUUUUCACAGCCAGAAGCAUGAUUGCCACACUCAACAACAGAAAUCUCAAAGCAGAUGAGGCGGCCGAAAUCCUUGACGACCUUCGGCGCAACGAGGUAUUCAUGCGGGACCGCAUCCCGAUGUGGGCGGCGUGCCUCGGCUACUCCCUCUUCUCCAUCGUCUCCAUCAUUGUGAUCCCCGUCAUGUUUCCUCCACUCAAAUGGUACUAUGUCCUUGUGGCUUACGUGCUAGCCCCCUCCCUCAGCUUCUGCAAUGCGUACGGGUCCGGCCUCACCGACAUGAACAUGGCCUACAACUACGGCAAGGUCGCCCUUUUCAUUUUGGCCGCCCUCGUGGGCCCUACACACAACGGGGUGGUGGCGGGACUCAUCGGUUGUGGCCUCAUAAAGUCCAUCGUCUCCAUCUCCUCGGAUUUGAUGCACGACUUCAAGACGGGCCACCUCACCCUCACCUCCCCCCGUUCCAUGCUCGUGGCCCAGGCCGUGGGGACCGCCAUCGGCUGUGUCGUGGCCCCCUUGACCUUCUUCCUCUUCUACCACACAUUCGAUGUUGGUAACCCAAACGGCGUCUACAAGGCGCCCUAUGCCCUCAUCUACCGCAACAUGGCUAUCCUCGGGGUCGAAGGCUUCUCCGCAUUGCCCACCCACUGUUUGGAGCUCUGCUACGGCUUCUUCGCCUUUGCGGUUGCUGUUAAUUUGGUGAGGGACGUGGUGCCGGGGAGGUACAGGAGGUGGGUCCCACUUCCGAUGGCGAUGGCGGUCCCCUUUUUGGUGGGGGCCUACUUUGCAAUCGACAUGUGCGUGGGGAGCCUGGUGGUGUACCUGUGGCAUAGGUAUGACAGGCGGAGGGCCGGGAUAAUGGUGCCAGCUGUGGCUUCGGGCUUGAUUUGUGGGGACGGGCUUUGGAUACUGCCGUCGGCUUUGUUGGCUCUGGCGAGGGUCACACCGCCCAUCUGCAUGAGCUUUUUGCCUGCCAUGCGUUCAUGA